AUGUUUGCAGUCAGUCGGGUAGAGAACCAUCACUCAUUGCUUCCCAAUACCGAAAACCUCCAAUAUUCGAGCCUUUACCAGUUCAGUACCUAUGGAACAAUCCCAGAAUGGCAAUCAGAGAGGUACACCUUUGGGGGAACAGCUCACUUACUGACUCAUGGCCACUCUUUAUCACGAUUGUCGAAGUACAGCACUCGGCAUACAGCUCUUAUCAUCGUGAGAACUCAUUACACGUGCAUGCAGGUUACUCAGCUUACUGAAACAUCAGCUGACCUGCGGUACAGGUCAGCCUGGACUACAUAUCACGCACACAUGCUUCUUGAGGCAUCUUACUGGAUGAGUCUGCUUGCCCACGAUGAUAUAAUCAAGAAAGACUACACAGAGGACAAGCAACUCAUACUACAUUACCACGAGUGGAAAUACCAAUACUUCUCAUUCUCAACUUCUACGGGCUCUGUUGUGAUCAUUAUCACUGCAUGCGAUCUGGUGUCCAAGUACACAUCUGCCGUCAUCAAGACUCAAGCGGUAAUAUCAAGUAUCUGGUACUUCUUCCGAUCACAUACCAGCCUUACAAGAACCUACUCGCAUUACGUCGGAUCCAUUUCCAGUCUUCUUUUGGAUAAGCACUCAGCCCCAGGCAAGUUCACUAGCCAUCACUAUGAAGCCAACUACUUUUGCCAUCUUCUCUUUCACGGUUCAAGCUCUGUCAGCCACUCUGUUGAAGCGCGAAUGCGGCGUGCCACCAGGCGCACAUUGCGAUAUGGUCGGCCGGAUCAGGUGCGAAUUUAA